UUUCCGUAUAUUCAAGGUAAUCUUAUGGUCAAGAUCGUCCUGAUCUUCAAAUACAUUACCUUUCAUACUCACUUUCUCUUCGUCUCCAUCUCCUUUUCUUACUAAUUUACUCCUUCUUUAAUUAUUCUUAAUCUUCCCGUCUUAAUUUUACCAUCAUUUACCCCAAAAUUCAUUUUGCAAAUAGUUGUUACUCUAUCUGUUGUCACUUCAUCCAUCUGUAAUAAUGAAAUCACUGUUUUCCGCUAUUUUGAUCAUCUUAUUUGUUUCCCAGAUAAACUGCCAAUCCGAUAAAAGGAAAAAUAAGUUCAGAGGUCGUCGGCCAAAUGUAAAUUGUCAUCUUAAACAGUUGCAAUCAUGUAUAGAAAAGGUUGACCGUUACUCAAACCAAACUGAAGCCUACAAGUUGAUAACUACCUCAAGAGGGAUCGAUGAAAUUUGCUCAAACUCUUUGGAAGGGUUGAAUUGCUUGAAAGAACACAUUGACCAAUGUGGUACACCAAUCCAAAGAGAGAUGUUUGAAUUUACUAUUGAGCAGUUCCAGAGGUCAAUUGACCAGUUUUGUAAACCUGGAGAGUUACGUCAAGAGUUUUUGAAACAUUCACCCUGCAUUGCCGAUAACAUUUUAUCCAAGGAUGAUUAUAAAAAGACAUGUAAUCAACCAUAUUUAGCUUCCAUCGACAAGGUUAACAAGUUCGAAGACUUUGAUGAUAGACUUGACCUUACCUGCUGUUCCUACAAUCGCUGGGAAAACUGUUUCCUUGGAAUGGUUUCAGCUAAGUGUCAAGGAUCAGGAAGAGAGGCUUUAACCAAUUUCAUGGAGAAGACGUUUGCCAGUUUAAUCAACUUGGUUUGUAAACACUCGGAAUUUAAUUUUGAAGCAAGUCGAUGUAAAUCACUCUACCCAGCUGACAAUAUCAAAUUUGAUGCAACCAAAGCAAAUAAUCCAAUCACUAAAUAUUUAGCUUCGUAUUUUCGUUUCUUAUUGACAAACUAAUCUGAGUUUGGCCAUGAUUCAUGAUAUUUAAUCCAUGAAUAUCCAGGAUCUAAAUUGACUCGGAAAAUCUCCAAUGUCUUUGUACGGUUGAAUAUGUAAAAAAGUGAUCCAAGUUGUUUAAAAUAAAAGAUUUAUUGUCCACAAAA